AUGCUGGAUCAAAUGGCCAACGAGAUCAAGCUUAUCUCGGGUAGCUCCCAUCCGGAGCUGAGUGCCAGGGUGGCCUCCCGCCUUGGCAUUGACAUUGCCAACACCAUGAGUCUGAACUUCUCCAACCGGGAAACUAGUGUUUCCAUCGGUGAGUCGGUACGGGACGAGGAUGUCUUUAUCCUCCAGUCAACCGCGCCAGGCGACGUCAAUGACGGGCUUAUGGAGCUCCUCAUUAUGAUUCACGCCUGCCGCACUGCCUCGGCGCGCCGUAUCACGGCCGUCAUCCCCAACUUUCCCUACGCCCGCCAGGAUAAAAAGGACAAGUCACGCGCGCCCAUCAGCGCCAAGCUCAUUGCCAAUAUGCUGCAAGUGUCUGGCUGCAAUCACGUCAUCACCAUGGACCUGCAUGCCUCGCAGAUCCAGGGGUUCUUCAACGUGCCUGUGGACAACCUGUACGCCGAGCCCUCGGUACUGCGCUGGAUCCGCGAGAAUCUACAGGUUGGCAACUGCGUUAUUGUAUCACCCGACGCGGGCGGCGCCAAGCGCGCCACCUCGAUUGCUGACCGUCUCAACACGGCCUUUGCCCUCAUCCAUAAGGAGCGUCCACGCCCUAACGUUGUUGGCCGUAUGGUCCUCGUUGGCGACGUCCAGGACAAGACAGCCAUUCUCGUCGACGACAUGGCCGACACCUGCGGAACUCUGGCCAAGGCUGCUGCGACUCUGAACCAGCACGGUGCCAAGGAGGUCUACGCUAUUGUCACCCACGGCAUUCUAAGCGGUAUGGCCAUUGAGAUUAUCAAUCAGUCUUGCCUUUCUGGCGUUGUCGUUACCAAUACCGUUCCCCUCGGCGACAAGGUUGAGCGCUGCCCCAAGCUCAAGGUCAUUGAUGUUUCCGGCACCCUCUCCGAGGCUAUUCGCCGAACCCACAACGGCGAGUCGGUCUCGUUCCUGUUCAACAACGCUCCUGUCUAG